GGAGAACCCAGUUGGGAAAUGUCUCAAGAUCACACGAAGUCAGCAUAAAUUCCGCCGAACUGAAGUCGAGAAUCAACUGUCAGUCACGAACAUCUACGAUUUCACCUGGUCAGCGUUAUAAAAUCGGUUGUGCAUCGCAGUUGGCCAGACAGUUUGAGCCGGAGCACCCACAAUGACGAGCAGAAGUAUACGGAAGAGCAGCCCCUUUGGCUUUACGGUGAUACUUCUUCUAGGGCUUAUCCAUCUGCAGGCGAGUGCUGUUCCCACCACGACCACCAAGUCCCCAUCGACGGUGGCCACAUCCACGAAGGCGACGCGCAGGGUAAAUCCCCUCACGGAGUCCAAGCUGGAGAAGAAUUGCAAGGCCCUGUGCGAGCACUGCGGCUGUUUGGGUUUCUACUGCGGUGAGGAGUGCCUUUGCGAGUGCAAUGACGACAACUCCGACACCGAGUGUAUCCGCACCAUGCAGAUGAAUGCCAAGACGCUGAAUCUGCCCUUCGAGAUAGUCAUCCAGGGGCCGAGUAGCAAUCGCUUUGUGCGCAACGCCCAGCAGUUCGAGCAGAAGCGGGAUCUGGUGGCCAGGAGUGCCUCCGCUUCGGGUCAGGCUCCUCGCAAUCGUCGCUCUAACAUAACCAUCUACAAGCCCGCCAAGAAGUCUGCCAAUCAGUCGACUGCCAAUGCCCUGGAUACUGUUUCCAAGGCUUCGGAGCAGGCGGUGGCCAGGCACAAGAGGUCCGUUGAGCACCUGGAGUGGUUCAAUGACUUCGCCAGCUCUUUGGUGCGUCCCUCGCCCUUGGGUACCAGAGCCCAGAAGCAGCAGCGGGAGUCGAAGCCAUCGCCUUUCAAGCGACAGACUGCUCUGGAGGAGCCUGCCCGUCGGGAGCCGUGGUUCCUGGAACAGACUGCUCCGCGUCUGACUCGCCCCGCUCCUCUGAAGAAGGAGCAGAUCUCCCGAAAGAACAAGAAGAGUCCCUUCUCACGUAAGAUCGCCAAGAGCAAAGCUCCCAAAGAGCAGACGCGCAGGGAGCCGGAGCGAGAGAUUCGUCCUCUCCGCGAUGCCCUACAGGUGGUGGAGCGGAUUCCCAGGGUGCUUCAGGACACCGUGAGUCACCUUUCGUCCGAUCCCCGGAGUGGUGAUGUCUUCAGCCUGAAUAUCAGGAACGAGGCCUUGCCGCAGAAAAAGGAUGAGAGAGAGGAUGAGGAGCUUGUGCCCCGGCGGCCAGGAACCACCUUCCGCGACAUCCGACGUAAUGAGAUCAUUCCGGAAGCUGUGACCCUGGCUGCUCCCAUGCCACCCGCACCUUUGGCUCCACUUCCUGUCCAGCGAGGGGGUCUCCUGCUGCCCUGGUUGAGACAACGGCGUCUCAUGCGCUUGCAGCAGGCCCGGGGGAAUCUGUAGAGGUACUCCCGCACCUAAUUCGUAUUCCAAUCUAAACAUUUAUUUUUACUUUCAUAUUUUGUUGUAUAUUUUUAAGGAUUUUGAGCACCCAUAAAAUAAAUUUGCAACUUGUAUUAUUCUGCACUCGCAGUUAUCCAAUAA